UUAUUGAGAUUGACAGGGACCCAGCAAAAUGGGCAUCUCCAUAUUCCUGGGGAUAGGGCUGUUAUGGUGCCAGCUUCUGUAUGCAGGAACUACUGCCAGUAACACAAGAAGAACAACAGGCUUUGGAACUAGUGAGUCACCUUUAUACACAGCAAUAUAUGGAACAGAAGCUGGUUCAUCAAGUCCACCCGACCUUGGAACGACAGACUUUCCGACUACUAAAUCCCUUUUAUACACAGCAACAUAUGGAACAGAUUCUGGUCUGGCGUUGACACUGGUGAAUGGAGGAGACAGAUGCCGGGGUCGAGUUGAGGUGCUAUACCAAGGAUCUUGGGGCACCGUUUGUGAUGAUUCCUGGGAUGUGAAUGAUGCCAACGUUGUGUGCAGGCAGCUGGGCUGUGGAUAUGCUGUGUCAGCUCCAGGAAAUGCCCAUUUUGGCCAGGGCACUGGCAGAAUUGUCCUGGAUGAUGUGCGGUGUUCUGGAUCUGAAUCCUACCUGUGGAACUGUUCCCACAGUGGGUGGCUGACCCACAACUGUCAGCACAGUGAGGAUGCCGGUGUCAUCUGCUCAGGUUCCACUACGCCGAUUACACCAACCACUGGUUGGUGGCGCUCAACAACUCCUUAUGUGUCUCCUCCUAGAUGCGGUGGUUUCUUUUUCACUGCCUCUGGGUCAUUUUCAAGUCCUUCAUAUCCUUCAUAUUAUCCAAACAAUGUCAACUGUGUCUGGCAGAUAGAAGUGAAUUACACUUCCAGGAUAAAUCUGGCCUUCGAUCAUUUGCAGUUGGAGGCACACAAUUCCUGUGCAUAUGAUUAUCUUGAAAUCUUUGAUGGACCACUGAAUAGUCGGUUAAUAGCAAAAAUUUGCAACCAGACCCAGCAAAUAUUCACCUCCUCCUUAAAUCGAUUGACUGUUCGCUUUGUCAGUGAUGGCAGUGUCCAAAAUGUAGGAUUUUCUGCUUGGUUUAACUCUUAUCCAAGAGAUGCAGUCUUGAGGCUGACAAACUCAUCCAAUAAUUGUUCUGGUCGUGUUGAAGUUUAUCACAAUGGACAGUGGGGGACAGUUUGUGAUGACAACUGGGGCUUACAGGAUGCUGAGGUGGUCUGCCGACAGUUGGGGUGUGGACCAGCUGUUUUGGCCCCAGGAAAUGCCUACUUUGGUAGAGGUUUUGGACCCAUCACCUUGGAUGAUGUGAGGUGCAGAGGGAAUGAAUUAAAUCUAUGGCAGUGUCAGAAUAAUGGCUGGUUCUCCCAUAACUGCGGUCACCAGGAAGAUGCUGGUGUCAUCUGCUCAGAUCGUUAUCCAACUCCAGUCUCCCCAUCAACUCCACCAGUAACAUCAAAGUUCUCUUGUGGAGGAUUCUUUACCCAGCCCUCAGGAUUAAUUUUCAGCCCAAAUUUCCCGGGGAACUAUCCAAACAAUGCUAAUUGUGUGUGGGAUAUUGCAGUCUCAAACAACUACCGAGUGACCAUAGUAUUUGAAAAUGUACAGUUGGAAGAACACUGUAACUUUGAUUAUAUUCAAAUCUAUGAUGGGCCUUACCAGACAUCUCCAUUAAUUACACGAAUUUGCAAUGGAGGCAGAGGCUCCUUUACAUCAACAUCAAACUUCAUGUCCAUUCAAUUCAUCAGUGAUUUCAGUGUCACCAGAAAAGGAUUCCUGGCUCAGUACUACUCUACACCAGAUCACGAUGGCACUUCUCUAGUGUGCUUUCCAGAACAAAUGAAAGUCACCAUCCGUAAAAGCUAUCUCCAGUCUCUGGGCUAUAAUUCAUUGAAUUUUUUCCCGUACAAUUCAUUCUGUCGGCCUACGGCAAACUCAAGCUAUUUCAUAUUUAAUAUACCAUAUAAUGGCUGUGGGACAACAAAAACUAUAAACAAUGAUACUAUCAACUAUAGCAAUACUCUUGUAUCAAGUCAACCUAUUCAACCAAACAGUGUCAUCACAAGACAGAAAGGUCUCCUGCACUUCCAUGUUAGCUGCAAAAUGCUCAGAAACAAAUGGGUGGAAACUGUGUUUAUUACUAAUGAUACUACUGAAAUCGAGCAAAUCCAGUACAGCAGUUUCCAUGUGAAUCUGUCUUUUUACGAAUCUGCUUCUUUCUUUGCACCUGUGAAUAGUACACCAUAUGUAGUGCAAUUAAACCAGCAGUUGUACAUUCAAGCAGAAAUUCUCCACUCUGAUUCCAACCUGGUAUUGUUUGUGGAUACCUGCAUAGCAUCCCCAAGUGCAAAUGAUUUCACGAACUUGACUUAUGAUUUAAUCAGGAAUGGGUGCGCAAGGGACAACACCUACCAAACAUACUACUCACCAUACCCGCGUCAAGCGCGUUUUGGAUUCAGAUCCUUUGCCUUCCUGGAGAAAUACCCGGCUGUUUACUUGAAGUGUAAAUUGGUGGUGUGUCAGGCCUAUGAUUAUUCUUCACGAUGCUACAGAGGAUGUGUAACAAGGUCCAAAAGAGACACAAGUUCCUAUCAGGAGAAAAUAGAUGUUGUUUUGGGGCCAUUCCAACUCCAGAAAUAAGAAGCGAAAGACUGAAAUCUGAUUGAGCUGCUGCAGAUGAUGAUGGCCGGACUGAAUGAAUCCCAGGAGGGCUCUAACCCCCCUUGCUGUCUCUGCUGUUGCCUUCUUUUUGGUUGUGAUGUUUGCUGCCUUUGUAUUGAAGAAAAAGAAAUAUCUCUUCUGGAAAGGUCUCUUUUCCAUAAGAUGUGAAGAUCAGAGUUUGUCUGUCUCCCUCUUUGGCACAAUGCCUUGGAAGCCAUGUGGUCAAAGAAGAGUCACAUUCCAGAAAUCAACAUGAAGAAUAUGCCUUAUGGAUUGAGCUGGUUUACAUUGGAAUAAUUGAACUGGGGGUGGGAGUGAGGCAGCGUGGUUGUGAGUUCUCCACGUCAUUCAGUAGACUAGAUUUGUCUGAAAUAUUAAGCAGUUAAUUUUUUAAAGUAAGCACUUGCCAACGUAAAGAAAUUCUGCAUAAAAUUUGAUUUGAAAAGCCCAAUUAGAAGAGAAGCUUCUGCUAUAUAUGAUUCCUAAUAUUUGGGUCUGUAUUUGGAAAAAAUAUUAAAAAUGAAAAAUUAAUUCAGGCCCCUUAAUGCAAAUCAUAGCCUUAUUUUGGUAGAUUAUGGACUGAAUAAAA